GGGUGGAUGGGUGGAUGGAGGGAGGAAAUGGGGAGGGAAGGAGGGAAGGUAGAGGAGGAGAAGGGAAGGAGGGAAGGGAGAGGAGAAGAAGGGAAGGAGUGAAGGGAGAGGAGAAGAAUGGAAGGAGAGAAGGGAGAGGAGAAGAAGGGAAGGGAAGGAAAUGAAGGGAAAGGGAAUGAAGGGAAAGGGAAUGAAGGGAAAGGGAAUGAAGGGAAAGAGAAGGAAAGAGAGAGAGAGAGAGAGAGAGAGAGAGAGAGAGAGAGAGAGAGAGAGAGAGAGAGAGAGAGAGAGAGAGAGAGAGAGAGAGAAUUUUAUUAUUAGUAACAAUAUCUAUGCUUAUUGUACUACUGCUUCAACUCCACACUUAUAGGCAUAGGGUUACAGGCCUAGGCAUUUGUACUAGUGCUGCAUUAGACACACACUAAUUAUCAAUUCUUUCAAGAAAAAAGUGUCUAAUGUACUGGCAAAUAUGGUUGGUAUUUAUUAAAAUAUCACUGCAUUAUUGUAUUUGUAUGUUAUAACAACCAUGCAUUGUUGUGUAUGCUAUUGUAUAUGGAGUUAGAGGCAGGUUUGUUGGAACAAGGGAAGAGUUUUCAUGUAAAUAACAGGGUAUGUGUGAGAAUUGGUGAUGUGAGUUCUUCCCAGCCAGAGUAGGUUUCCGUCAAGGUUGUGUACAGUGACCAUGAUUCUAUGUGGAUAUUGUGGUAAAUGCAAUGAGAGUUCCAGGCAGAGACCUGAGUUUGAUCAGUGGUGAGGUGUGGGUAUGGGAUCUAAGUUGACUGAUAUUUGCUGAUGAUACAUCUCUGGUGGCUGAUUCAGAGAGGAACUUGAAAAGACCAGUAGAGAAGUUUGGGUGUUUUUCCAGGAGGAAGCUGAUAGUGAAUGUUGGUAAAAGUAAAGUAAUGAAAUGCUCAAAAAAAGAUAAGUGGUGGCAGGAUGGAUAAGACAGGGAACAGGUGGAAAAGGUGGGUUGUUUCAAGUAUUUUGGCUCAACAUUUACAGUGAAUGGAAGAGUUGAGACAGAGAUGAAAUAUAGGGUGAAAAAGUAGGAAAAGUACUUGUUGGACUGAGAAAAUUUCUUAAACAUAGGACACUGGGUAUGAGUGUAAAGAGACGGUUAUAGGAGAGAUAAUGUUGCCUACUGAGCUGUGUGGUGCUGAAACAUGGAACAUGGGAGUAGAGGAGAAAAAUGGUUGCAUGUGUUGGAAAAGAAGUGCUUGAGGAGUAUGUGUUGAGUAACAUGGAGUGACAAUAAAAAAUGAGGAGGCAAGAACUGGUGUUUUGAGGAAGUUGUCUGGAAGGACAGAUCAGCAUGUGUUAAGAUGGUUUGGGCAUGUGGGAAGAAUAGAGGACAAAAAAAACUAGUAAAGAGGAUAAUGAGGUCAGAUGUGUGUGGUGAAAAGUUAAGAGGAAGGCCACACCUGAUGUGGAUGAACUGUAUGAAGAGAGCACUGAAUGAGAGAAAAAUUACUUAACAGCAAGCAAGAGUGAUUGUGUGUGAUAGAGGUGAAUGAAAGCAACAGUGGUGAGUGCACAAAAAUGACACUCUUAUCGAUCUAUGGGAAGAAGUGUGGGAACACUAAGGAUUGUAGUUGGUGUGGGGAUAGGCAACAGUCUCAUUAUGAAUGGACAAGGGUAAACCAUUACAUGCUGUCAACAGGGGCUGACAGGACUAAGAGUGUGAGUAUGUGGUACUUUGUUUGGGCCACCCUGUGUGGGAUUGCUUCUUUGUAUAUAGAUAGAUAGAUUGGAAUUAUUAUUAUUUUUUGUAAUUAUUAUUAUUAUUAUUAUUAUUAUUAUUAUUAUUAUUAUUAUUAUUAUUAUUAUUAUUAUUAUUAUUAUCAUCAUAAGCAACAGCAGCAGAUGCAUAAAGUUAUUAGAUAUAGAUCACUUGGAAUGAAUGCAGUGAUAGAGUUGUGUGAGGGAUUAACUAUACUUUCUGAAUUAUACAGGGAUGAAAUUAGAAUAUGGGAGCAAAAAAAGAAUGUUGAUUUUAGCCACUGUCCAAGGGCAACAAAAAUUAUGAACCAAAAAAAGAUCCACUUAUUGCCAGUUCCCAUACAGAUGUCAAGAUAGAAUGGUCAACCUCCCUCUUGAAAGAGUUCAAGUCAGGAAGGAGGAAAUAUAGAAGCAGGCAGGGAGCUCCAGAGUUUACCAGAGAAAGGGAUGAAUGAUUGAGAAUACAGGUUAACUCUUGCAUUAAAGAAGUGGACAGAAUAGAGAUGAGAGGAAGAAGAAAAUCUUGUUCAGCAAAGCCACAUGAGAAAAGGAGGCAUGCAGCAAGGUAGCAACAUCAGAAGAGCAGCUAGCAUGAAAAUAGGAGUAGAAGAUAGCAAGAGAUGCAACAUUGCAGCAAUGAGAAAGAACCUGAAUACAGUCAGUUAGAGGAGAGGGGUUGAUGAGAUGAAAACCUUUUGAUUCCACCCUGUCUAAAAUAGCAAUAUGAGUGGAAGCCCCCCCUCCCUUUUGUGUGAAGCAUACAUACAUGGACAGAUAAGGUCCCUGUACAGAGUUAGCAGCUGGGUGGGGGAGGAGAGGGGGAGAAAAACUGGCUGAAAUAACUCAGAAUGCCUAACUUCAUAGAAACUGUUUAAGCAAGAGAUGAGAUGUGAGGCUUCCAGUUUAGAUCAUAAGAAAAGAAUAGACCAAGGAUGUUAAUUUUAGAAGGGGGGGUCAGUUGAGUGUCAUUGAAGAAGAGGGGAUAGUUAUAUGUAAGAUUGUGAUGAGUUGAUCGAUAGAGGAAUUGAGUUUUUGAGGCAUUGAACAAUACUAAGUUUGCUCUACCCCAAUCAGAAAUUUUAGAGAGAUCAGAAGUUAGGCAUUCUGUGGCUUCCCUGCAUAAGCAGUUUACUUCCUGAAGGAUUGGAUGUCUAUGAAAAGAUGUGGAAAAGUGCAGGGUGGUAUCAUUAGCAUAGGAGUGGAUAGGACAAGAAGUUUGGUUUAGAAGAUCAUUGAUGAAUAAUUGGAAGAGAGUGUGUGACAGACCAGAAUUCUGAGGAACACCACUGUUAAUAAGCUUAGGAGAAUAACAGUGACUAUUUACCACAGCAGCAAUAGAACUGUCAGAGAGGAAACUUAAGAUGAAGGUACAGAGGGAAGGAUAAAAACUGUAGGAAGCUAGUUUGGAAAUCAAAGCUUUGCACCAAACCCUAUCAAAAUCUUUUGAUAUAUCUAAAGUAACAACAGAAGUUUCACCAAAAUCCCUAAAAGAGGAUGACCAAGAUUCAGUGAGAAAGCCAGAUCACCAGUAGAGCAGUCUCAAUGGAACCCAUACUGGUGAUCAAUUAGAAGAUUGUGAAGUGAUAGAUGUUUAGGAAUCUUCCUGUUGAGGAUAGAUUAAAAAAUUUUAGAGAGGCAGGAAAUUAAAGCAAUAGAACAGUAGUUUGAGGGAUUAGAAUGGUCACCCUUUUUUGGAACAGGCUGAAUGUAGGCAGACUUCCUGCAGGAAGAAAAGGUAAAUGGUGAUAGACAGAGUUGGAAGAGUUUGACUAGGCAAGGUGCCUAGUCCUAAUGUUCGGAGAACAGUGAAGGGGCUUCAGACACCUGUGUUUCACUGAGGAAAAGAUGAGGUUUAGUAGAAGAGAGGUGGUAUUCUGCAGAUUGAAAAUUAGGUCUAAAGCUGUGAAUGUUGUAGAAGUUAAUGAAGAAAAAAUUGAAGGGGGUGUCAAGACACUUAGGGUUGAUACCAGAAGAGUAGUCCCACCUGGGGACAUUUCUGGUCCCCUCCCGAGACAGGGACUCUGAGACUGGUGUAAGAGUCGCCAUAUUGAAUUAAAAUUUUUGAGUGAAGGGUGUGUUUAUAAUCAGGUGCAUGUAGUUUUGAGUGAAGGAAGAGAGUUAUCUUUAGAGGGCAGGCUGUGACUGCCCCCAUGUGAUGUGAGACACAAAAGGAAACAUUCAAUGAGGUCACAGCUGGAUUAUUGAUGAGUUCAAAGCACACCUGAUCUAGUGCUUCACACCUCACUGGGAGUAAUUAUCAUUUCAGCAUGUGUCUGCUGCCCUCUCAUAUAGUAAUAUAAAUGAGAUGUGGGAAAAAACUUGUGUAGACUCUCAUAUAUGGUUAAAGUGAAAAAGGAGAACAGGCAUACAAGAACUGGUACUGAAAAGAAUUUAGGUGAUGAAAGGAAAGUGGCAUAGAUUAAUAAAAGUCAGUAUAUAGAGGAUACAACAAGGAUGACAUAAACAAAUUUCUCAGGAUUAGUUAUCAAGAUGAACAGGAAAUAAUGGGUUCAAGAUUGAAAAGUUAUUUUUUAAAGAGAGAAAGAAAUUAGUCUUCAUAUAGAGUGGUAGAUGAAUGAAAUAGACUCAGUAAUCAGGUUGUUUGUGCUGAGUCAUUAGGGAACUUUAAAAGUAGAUUAAACAAAUUUAUGGAUGAGGAUGAUAGGUGGAAAUAGAUAGGUAUGUUUCAUAGAGGGACUGCAACUUUCCUUAUUUUCUUAUGUUUUUUUUUAUGAAAGGGGUGUUUUUGUGCAGUUCUGCUCUUGAGCCAUGAAUUGACUCAUGGGAUUAUGUGGAACAAUUAUUUUAUAUUGUAAUGGAAUGUUUUGGCUAGUUGAGUUCUUGGUGACAAAAACAUGAAAGUUAGAUUUGAGACAAUUUGGUAGCACAGAUUUAUGAUUCCAUAUAAAAUAAAAGAAAGUACUAUAAAUAGUUUUAAGAGCAUAGGUAUUUUAUUUACCUGGAAUUAUAUUCAAAUAAAUACUAAUAUAUUUUUUUAUUUAUUUAUUUAUUUUUUUUUUUUACUUAGUUGUGGCUUAUAGGGGCUGAGCUGUGCUCAUGCAGUCCUAUCUCCAUAUCUACACUUGUCUAGUUUUUCCUUAAAGUUGUGCACACUCACUGAUACUACACCAUGUGUUUAUUUACCUAUUUGUAUUUACCUAGUUGUAUUGUAUAAGGCACAAGCCAAAGCUCAUCUUGUCCUGUCUCCAUAACCAUAUUUAUCCAGUUUCUAUUUAAACAUGCGUACUCUGUUUGCCACAACCAUUUCUUCCUUGAAAUCAUUCCAGAUCUCACUAGUUUGAUACGGGAAGCUGUAUUUCUUGAUGUUGCUUGAACAUCCACUCUUCUUUAUUUUCUUCCCAUGCCCCCUUGUCUGUCUCUCUCCCUCCUUCAUCUGUUGUACAAAGUAAUUUCUGUCUAUUCUUUCUAUAUUGUUUACUAAUUUGUACAUUGUUAUCAGGUCUCCUCUUCCUCUCCUCUCUUGUAGUGUUGGUAAUCCCAUCUCCAAGUCUUUCUUCAUAGCUUAAAUCGUUCAAUUCUGGUACCAUCUUUGCCGCUAUCCUCUGUAUUCUUUCCAGUUACCAAAUAUCUUUUUUUCUAUGUAGAGCCCAAACUACUGCUGUAUUCUUUCCAGUUUCUAUAUAUCUCUUUUUCUAUGUGGAACCCAAGCUACUGGUGUAUUCCAAUUUAGGUCAUGUCAUGCUUAUCAUAAUUUUCUUCAUUUCUUUGUCUAAAUAGUUAAGUGCUACCCUAAUGUUUGUUAACAAGCUGGUUUUAGACCCAAAUAUUCUGUUUAUGUGCCUUUCAGGUGAUAAUGUGUCCUGGAUCAUUACUCCCAAAUCUUUUUCUUUAUUAAUUUUUGUUAUUAUUUCUCCUCCCAUGAAGGUCUCUUUUUACUUUUUAUGUUUUUUUAAGUGUGAAUUCCAUAACACCACUGCAUAUUCUAAUGUGGGUCUUAUGAAUGAUGUUAUAAAUUUUCUCAUCAUCUCUUCAUCUAUAUAUUUGAGUACUAUUCUCAUAUUUGCCAAUAAGGCAUACAUGCUUUCUGCCUUAUGAUUUAUGUGAUUAUCUGGAGUUAGUUUAUUAUUUAUUGUUACACUUAAAUCUCUCUUUCUUGGACUCUUAAUUUCCUAAUAGCUUAUUAUUUAUUGUUACACCUAAAUCUCUCUCUUUCUUGGACUCUUAAGUUUUUUAUUUCCUAAUUUAUAUUUCCAUUCUGGUCAUGACUUGCUUCUUUCAAAAUUCAGAACAUGACAUUUAUCUGCAUUAAACUCCAUCGGCCAUUUAUCGCUCCAUUUAUUCAACUUAUUAAUGUCAUCUUGCAGCUUUCUACGGCAGUCUUAAUUUUUUACACUUCUUUGAAUUUGGCAUCAUCAACAAACAUGUUCAUGUAGCUCCCAUCUGCAGUUAUCUCAGGCAUAUCAUUUACAUAAAUCAGGAAUAUAAUUGGUGCUAAUACAGAGCCUUGCCUUGGUUACAUCCUUCCAAGAUUUACCUCUCAAUGUUGUUUUCAUUUUCCUUUCCUUUAGAAAAUUUCCAUUCAUUUUAAUAAGUUUCCUUGAAUAUCUUCAUAGAUUUCUAACUUCCAGGUAAGCCUCUGAUGAGGAACCCUGUCAAAGGCUUUUUCUUUUAAAUCCAGGUAAAUACUAUCGACCCAUCCAUCUAUCUCUUAGUUUUUUCAGUUAUUUUGGUGUAAUAGCUUAACAAGUUUGAUGCAUAGGAUCUUCCUUUUCUGAAACCAAAUUGUUUAUCUGAUAAUAAUUUGCUACCUUUUAUGUGAUCUACCCAGUUCUUCCAUACUAUUCUUUCCAUGACUUUACAUACUAAACUUGCUAGAGAAACUGGCCUAUGGUUGAGAGGGUUCUGUCUGUUUCCUUUCUUAAAUAGCAGUACUAUGUCCGCUCUUUUCCAGCUUUCUGGCUGCUUCCUCUGCUUUUGGCAAUCUUGCAUUAAUACGUUCAAUGGUUUACUUAAUUCUUUUGCACAUUCCUUCAAUACCCAGCAGGAAAUGGCAUCAGGAUCCAUAGUUUUGUUUUAGUCCAAUGCUUUCAUCUCUGCUUCUAUUUCUUCACUACUUAUACUAAGCUAUCCAUUGUUUCUUUUCCUGGACCUCUAUUUUGCUCUUUCAGAAAUGCGUUUUCAUUUUGUAAAUACUGAUUAGAGUUUCUCAUUUAGCAUCUCACAUAUAAUAUUUUUUUCCUUCAUCUGUCAGACACUGAAUUUUGUCUUGCAUUUUAGUCUUGCUUUUAACAUAACUAUAGAAUAGCUUGGGUUCAUGUUUACAUUUGUUUAUUAUGUCCAUUUGAUAUUCAGUUUCUGCUUCUUUUCUCUUCUUUGUGUAUUUAUUCUUUGCACUUUUGUAUUUCUCAUAGGCCCUUUCUCCUCCACGUCUUCUGCAUCUAUUCCACAAUAAAUCUGUUUUUUUUUCUUGCAGCAAUGCAGUUACUGUCUAACCAUUUUUUUUAUCAUUACCGUCUGUUUUUUUUGGAAGGGAUGUACUGUAUCUUCUGACUUUUUAUUGUAAAUUUCACAAAACUUUGUAUCUUUUAUAUCCAUUUGUUCUUCCCAUUUUAUUGAAUGAAAAUAUUUUCUUAGUUCUUCAUUAUUUACUCUUUUGUAAUUAAGCUGUCUUUUUGGUUAAUUUUCUAGUACAUCAUAUGCCACUAUGAAGUCCCAUGUCAGUACUACAUGAUCACUUUUCCCUAAUGGUGGGAGGUACACAGUAUUUUCUAUUUCAUUAUCUUUUCUAAUAAAGAGUAAUUCUAGUAAUGAUGGUUGAUCCAUGCCCCUCAUUCUUGUAUAUCAUAUAAUAUGCUGUGUUAAUAAGUGAUCUUAUACAAGUUCUAGUAAUCUGUUAUUCCAUUGGUAUUCUGAAUUUUUUAUUUUGCAUUUACUUCAGUCUAUAUCACAAUUAAAAUUUCCAGUUAAUAUUAGUCUUUUUUAUUUGUCUUCCAUGUUUCGAAGCAUUGCUCCUAUGGUUUCCUCAGUAAAAUCUUCUAACUCAUUGUACUCUUCCAUUUCCCAAGCUCUUGUCCUUGAAGGUAUAUAUAAUGUUGCUACCAUUAUUUUUCUCAAUAGCUGCUAAUUCAACUUUGUUUGAUGUGUCAAAUUCAACUUCUUUUGCUUUUAAGUCUUUACUGGUCAGUAUCAUGAGUCUUCCUCCAUAUUUAUGUUCCGUGGUCAGAUAUCUGGCUGACAGACAUUUGGCUGAACUGACUUUUGGCCGACAGACAUUUGGCUGAACAGACAUUUGACCAAACUGACAUUUUUUUGAUAUAUUACUUUCAAUUUUAAGGUGUUACAAACUCUAAUAUGCAAUUACACCACCUUUCAUCACCCCUUUCUGCCUCAUGGAUCACCACUGCAACACCUCUUCUCUUCAACUCCUUAUUUUCUUGUAGAGAAGCCUCGACUCAAAGCUUCGAAAGCCCAAACAAGCUGACAUAACUUACUCGCUGGUUCGCUCCCAGUAGCAGUUACACCACUCACGCUUUCUUCACUCCCUUUCUACCUCGUGUGUCAGUGCAACACCUCCUUUCUUCACCUCCUUAUUUUUCCACAUGGAGCAGCCUUGACUCAAAGCUUCAAAACCCCAAGCAAGCUCUGAUAUUACUCGAUGAUUCGCCCCUAGUAACACCUUCAAGUAUCGAACAGACACAGACAGAGAGAGAGGCUUCCUAAAGGGCACUUUCAAUGUGGCCUUCCAUCCAUUCCCAUCAACCCAGUGUGUGUAUGUGUAUAUAUAUAUAUAUAUAUAUAUAUAUAUAUAUAUAUAUAUAUAUAUAUAUAUAUAUAUAUAUAUAUAUAUAUAUAUAUAUAUAUAUAUAUAUAUAUAUUAAACCUUUUAAGACCAUGGAACUCAUACCAAUGACAAGAGAAGGAAGAAAACUUUUGCUUGAUGGCUACACCUACAAUGUUGAUAAGCAAAAAAAGACAGUAUAACAUACUGGCGAUGUGAAUACAAAGGAAGGUGUGGAGGACAACUAGAAACAGAAGACAAAGUUGUUGAAGGAGAAGCAAGUAAGCAUUCACAUCCACCUGAUGCUGGAUGCAAUCUGUCUUUGAAAACAGUACAAAAAAUUAAAGGAAGAUGCAAACAGUCAGAGGAAGUGACCAAUUAUAAUACAAAACUGCAUUAAUGAGUACCCACUUGAUGCUACAGGUGCUCUUCCUAAAAAAACACUGGCAAAAAUGGCGUGUAAACAACGCAAGACACCAGAUGAAUACAUUUUAACUGAUGAUUUACAGAAAUCAAUUAGAAGAGAUUUGAUUAUCUAUGAAAGUGACAUCCUGCUAAUUCUAUCAAUGCUUCAAAAUUUACAGCUUCUUGCUUUUAAAGACAACUGGUUGUGUGAAGGAACUUUUGAUUCUGCGCCAUUAGGCUUCCAGCUGUAUACAAUACAUGUUAUGAUGGAUGAGAGCCAUACUAUUCCCUUAGUAUGCUGUAUUGCCAGGAACAAAAACCAAGCAAGUUAUGAUUUGAUUUUUAACACCCUUAAACAAGUAAGACCAGGUCUUAAUUCUUUGUCAAUCACUAUUAAUCAUGAAAAGGCAGCUCUUAAUAGCAUCUCUGUUUGCUUCCCAAACACAAACAUUUAUGGAUGUUUUUUUUCAUUUUGGACAGUGUUUAUGGAGAAAAUACAAGAAUUUGGACUACAGGCUUGGUAUAAUGACCCAACAAAUGCACCAAUUGUGAAGCAUGUUCAAGCUUUAGCAUUUGUGCCAGUUAAUGACGAAAGUUUCAGUGAAUUUGUCUCAUCUCUAGAUGAUGAAACUGAUGAACUUCUCUGUGAAUUUCUUGACUACUUUAAAGUGACAUGGAUUGGUGUUAUACAAUGUGGAAGAUGAUAAAGACCAGUGUUUGAACUCAGUAUGUGGAACACAACAGAGAGAACUAUAAAUGGCAUUCCACGACAAGAACUCAGUAUCUGGAAUACAACAGAGAGAACUAUAAACAGCAUUCCACAGACAACAAACUCUUUAGAAGGAUGGCACAGAGCUUUUGAGCAGAGAAUGGCAAUCACUCACCCAACUCUUUGCCAUCUGGUUUCAAAACUAAGAAAAGAGCGGUCAGAUUGGGAGUUGACAAUUGAGCCAGUGGAAUUAGGAGUAGAGUUAAGAAAACCAAAGAAGAAGCACCAGUUAUUAAACUCAAGACUGAAGUCUCUCACUGAGAAGUAUAAUUAGUAUCAAAGAAUUGAUUUCUUGAGACCAAUUGUCCACAGUCUAAAUAUUUGUGAUCUUUGAUUUUUAUAGUAUAUGUUUUUAAAGAAAUUUCCUUAAGAUUAAUAACUUUUAAACUUUUCUCAUGUAUAGUAAAGAUUUGCUUUUUGCUUUUUAAUCUUUUUAACUCUUUGGCCAAAUGUCUGGUCAGUUCAGCAAAAAGUCUGUCUGUCUUUAAAACUGAAAGUAAUAUAUCAAAAAAUAUGUCAGUUCUGCCAAGUGUUUGUUUGCCCAAGUUUCUGUUUGGUCAAAUGUCUGUUGGCCAAAUGUCCAUCAGCCAAAUGUCUGUUGGCCAAAUGUCCGUCGACCAAAUGUCAGUUUGGCUGAAUGUCCUUUGGUGAAAUCUGUCAUCCAAAUGUCUGUCGGAGAAAUGUCUGGGAACCUUUAUGUUCUUUUAUCUUUUCUCUGUAUCUUAUGAUCAUUCAAGUUCACUGUAGCAUUUGAUAAUGACAGUUUUAACUUAGUCUCACUGAGACAUAUUAUCUGUGGUUUGUCCUUUUCUGUUUUAUCCUUAAGUUCAUUUAAUUUAGAUACCAACCCAUCAGCAUUUGUGUACACCAUUUUUAACUUUUAAUUUUACUUCAGCAACCCACCGCUAUUGCUGGAGAGGCUCCACAUGAGAUAUACAAAGAUCAAGGUACCGACAGUGACGCUUUGUUCUCGGUACAGGCAAGACGUGUUUGUCUUACUGCGGCGGUUUGCCAUUGUGGCAUUAGUUACCCGUUAUCUGAAUUUCAGAGCGGGUUGGCACUUAUUUUACACCUUACUCACUUUGUUUUACCUUACUUUAUUACCCCGUGAUCCUGUUGGAGCGGGAAGAGUGCCUGGUGUUCCUUUCCUGUUAUCCAUGAGGAGCGGGAGGACACGGUGUUGAACAAGGAGCGGGACAGGUGACAGAGUGUACUGUUGUGAAGGAGUUUGGUUCAUCAAUAUGUCUUCCUCGGGGGAUUCUACACCUCCAAGAAGCGGUUCUUCACAUUCUUGUGGAAGCCGACUCUAUUCGUCCACUAGGCAUAAAAAGAGGAAGAAUAUCCAACGGUCUGGGGCCUCUGCUAGGGAGGAUGAAGUUGCAAGUGAUCGUGUGUCUAAGAUGGACGCCCGACCACCAGCUAGCCAGUCUGGAGAUGUUAACAAUACUACGUUAUCCAAGUUUUUUGAGGCUUGGGCUGCACUUCAGGAAGAUGUGAAUAAACUUAAGAGUGACAGAGGUGCCAGGGCAAGUGUUGGUUCUGAGCCUGGCACAUCAGGCAUCAGAUCUGGGCCAGCACAGGACUUAGGGGGUACUCAUGAGAUUUCUGCCUCCCCUCCCCCUUCUUCCUCUGGUGCAUUUUCUGGCUUUAGAUCACAAGAAAUGAGUGCUGAAGAAGGUGAGAUUGAAGAUGAAGCUCCUUCGGGCAGUAUUCUGUUACAAGCAGCUAAGGCCUAUGUGCCUAUGGAUGACUGUUCUGAAGCUAUUGAAGAACCGAUUGCUGCAAUGGUGAAUCACUGGUUUUCUCAUGGUUUGAAAGAGGAAGACCAUAAGGAGAUUUUGGCAGAUGAGGCUUCUAAACGUCCUAGAAACUGUAAGGCACUUAUCCCAGUCGAGUGCAACUCACAAGUGCUGGAUGCCCUACCCACUGAGGCAAAGAAAGCUGAUUUCCGACUGAAGGAAAUUGGUAAGGAUAUAACUAAGGCUGCCACUAUUAUGGUUAAAUCACUUACUGUUCUGGACAAGUUUGCCAAUGAGGAGCAGAAUCAGGUUAUUGGUCAUGAGGUGGCUAUGCUUAAUGGUGCCUUGGGGUUGUUAGGGCAUGCAAACUUUAAACUGAAUAUGAAUAGACGUUUUUUUCUCAAACGAGAGAUAAACCAAAAGUAUGCGCACUUAUGCACUGAUAAGACUCCUGCGACUGGCUUACUGUUUGGGGAUGAUCUUACUCAAGCUACCAAACAGAUUGAGGAGGCCGAAAGGCUGAAGAACAAGUUUACCCAGAAGGGGGCAACAUUAUGGGAAGCCAGCUUUCCGGGGUAUGUCUACCCGGUUUAAACCUUACGGCUUACACAAACCUGCCACCAGAGGGGACGGCCGCCCUUCUUAUCACAGAGGGAACUCCUCUUCAAAAAAAACCCAAGGGGCCGGGGAUACUACAAUCCCUGGCAGUAAUUCAGGUGUCUACAGAAAAUGAGGGAGGAGAGAGCCAAGGGGUGGAUGGUUGUUCCAAUGUGGAAUUCCCAACCUUGGAUGGGCCCUCUUCUGCAAAUGUUGAUCAAGGCCCCCAGGCUCAUCACUCAGAAAACAAAUGUACUACGACAUCCCUCAUCAGCGGAAGAACACCCGAUUAUGACCCACACCCAAUUGAUGGCAUGUCUUUUGUCAGGCAACAACUUAGAGGGAGAGGUGUAUCGUCAGAAGGUACAGAGAUUAUCAUGGCAUCGUGGAGACCAGGUACGAUGCGGCAAUAUAGACCACACAUUAAAAGAUAUUCAUCAUUUUGUGAUAGAUGGAAUAUCAAUCCCUCUACUCCGUCUGUAAUUAGUGUUUUGAAUUUCCUUUCGGAGACAUUUCAUAGAGGGGUGGGGUAUGAGUCUGUUAACACAGCAAGAGGUGCUCUCUCUGCUUUAGGCAUUACGUUGGAAGGAUGUAGAGCUGGGAAUCAUCCACUUAUCAAUAGGUUUAUGCGUGGUGUGUUUAACUUGAGACCCUCUUGCCCUAGGUAUGCUGAAACCUGGGAUGUGCAGCCAGUAUUGCAGAAGCUGAGGUCCAUGAGCCCAUUACAAGACCUAUCUUUGAAAUCUUUAACUUUGAAAUUGGUGAUGCUUAUGGCAUUGACUCAAGCUGCAAGAGUACAGACCUUACAUUUAUUAUUGUAUUCCAAUGCUAUUAUUGAUAACAAUUCUGUAUCUCUUUUGUUAGGGGGCAACAUUAAGCAGUGUCGUCCAAAGUUUAAUGUGAGAAUGCUUAAGUUUCAUGCUUACGUAUUUACCUGAUUCUAGAAUGUGUGUUGUAAAUACCUUGAAGGAAUAUAUUAACAGAACGGAGAAUCUGAGAAAGGAAUUUGGGAAGGAUAAUGGGAAACUCCUCAUCAGUGUGGUGAAGCCACAUAAAAGUGUUUCCAAAGAUACAGUGGCAAGGUGGAUUAAAACUGUUCUUGUCGACUGUGGUAUCAAUACUAAGAAAUUCACGGCUGGCAGUGUUCGACCAGCCUCUGCUUUCAAGGCCAAAGCCAUGGAUGUCCCAGUUAACAUUAUCUUAUCUAAGGCAGGUUGGACUCAGGAGACAACCUUUGCUAAACACUAUAAUAAGGAGAUCACUCAGGUUUCAGAUUUUUUUCAAGAGGCCAUACUGGAUUCUGUAUUGUAAUGUUAACAGGUUUCUCUAUUCAUUUGCGUUGGAUCUCAAUUGACAUAUUUUGUUUGUUUUAUACAUGUACUAUAUGUUUUUGUAAGGGACAUAUCUGUUUAAGGAGGAGGAUUUUUCAUACAAUGAAGUUGGGAUACAUA